AGAGAGAGAAAAAUACCUUGCGAAUAAAGGUAAUUAUUAAUCUGUGAGGCACAAGAAGAAUCGCAUUGAGAAUUUUAGGUUAUAAUUCACUAAUUCCAACAGAGCAGUGACUAGGGCAAGGCAGUAUCACCAGAAGAGAAGUAAGUCAGAGACUUUUAAUUGCAGUCCGAGAAUCUCAGCAGACGUCUCCGCAAGGAAUCGUCUGUUGGAAGUUCCAUUUUCACGUGCCAGUGAGAGUGGGGACCAGACCGAGCUGAUAGCAAGAGUGGUCCUUGGAGAAGCUCCAGGAUGGGGCCCGAGAACGGACACAAAACGAAGAGCUUCAAACAGAGACUGGUCUUGAAGAACAGCUUGGCUAAAGAAGCACUCUCCGAGUUUUUGGGCACAUUUAUAAUGAUCAGUGCUUCCAGCUGGAAACAGCUGCCUUGUCUCCUCCUGGGCAUCCUGCAGGUUCUUGGAUGUGGCUCCGUUGCCCAGGCUGUCCUGAGUCGAGGACACUUUGGAGGAAUUGUCACUCUCAAUGUUGGAUUUGCUAUGUCAGUUGCAAUGGCCAUUUAUGUGACUGGAGGUGUCUCUGGUGGUCACAUCAACCCGGCUGUGUCUCUCGCAAUGUGUCUCUUUGGACGAAUGAAAUGGUUCAAAUUUCCAUUUUAUGUGGGAGCCCAGUUCUUGGGAGCUUUUGUAGGGGCUGCAACCCUCUUUGGCAUUUACUAUGAUGGAUUCAUGUCUUUUGCUGGUGGAAAAUUGCUCAUCGUGGGAGAAAAUGCAACAGCACAUAUUUUUGCAACAUACCCGGCUCCAUAUCUGUCUCUGACGAAUGCAUUUGCAGACCAAGUAAUGUCCACCAUGUUUCUCCUCAUACUUGUGUUUGCCAUUUUUGACUCCAAAAACUUGGGAGUGCCCAGAGGCCUAGAGCCGAUUGUCGUUGGCCUCUUGAUUAUUGUCCUCUCUGGCUCUUUGGGGCUGAACAGUGGCUGUGCCAUGAACCCAGCUCGAGACCUGAGUCCGAGACUUUUCACAGCUUUGGCAGGAUGGGGAUUCGAAGUCUUCACAGUUGGAAAUAAUUUCUGGUGGAUUCCUGUAGUGGGCCCUUUGGUUGGUGCUGUCAUUGGAGGCCUCAUCUAUGUUCUUCUCAUUGAAAUUCACCACCCAAACCCUAACCCAGACUUCGAGGCAGAACAGUCUGAGGACAAGCCAGAGAAAUAUGAAUUUAGUGUUAUAAUGUAGUGGUAUGCUCUGAAAGAUGAUAUCCAAGUGUUUGUGUUUCUGUAAGACUUGAGUGGAAUUUAUCUGCUAGCUAUGUAGAACAGCUGGUGACAAAAGCAACCAAGCGAAGGAUUGAGAACACUGACCUCUUUUCUACAAGCUUCAGCCCAGAAUAACGUGGACUGUCCCUUGAAACAGCCGUCCUUCCUGCCCUGUUGGUCUCCUCCUUGUUGGGAAUCAUUGCCUUAUUCCUAAGUGAAAACUAAUAAUUGGAACUUUGACUACAGACUUAUUUUCAUGGUCUCAGCCACUAUGCCUGCAUGGAAUAGUAUCACCAAAAGCCUCAUCCUCAAUACUACAAUUAAUACAUCCCAACUAUCAACCAAAAUCUAAAGUGAAAAAGCAAAGUCGUGGUUUCAGUUUACAUAUCCAUAAGCUAGAGAGCUAGCAGGCUAACUCAUUAGUUAAAUUCUGCAACUGUACUUGUCUAAAUAAUUAUAUUCUGUAUCUUUAUAAAUACUGGCAUUCUUGAAACCUAGGGAUGUAGGAAACUGUAGCAUGAAGCUGUAAAGGACAUAAUGGCACUCAGAACCCCAGGAGACAGGAUAAAUUUGGGAAACCAAAUGGAAUUUUUCUAAUGGAAACCAUUUAUCAAAUUAAUCUCCUGCUUUUCUGCAUUUUAAAGGACAACAAUUAAUUUCCUGAUCUUUAGUAUAUAAUAACCUAAAAUACAAUUGUAACCUCAGUCAUGAAAAAUACAUCAUUCUAUCUUUAUAGCUCAGAUGUAUUUUCCUAAUCGCUUACUUGAGGACAGACAUUUGACAAGUUGAAUCAGUGGCUGCACUCAUCUAUUACUCUACACAGGACGCAGAAGUCGAAACUGGAAGCCAACAGAUCCUGGAGUAGUAGGACUUGCAGAGUAGAAGGUCCCUGGGAGGAUAAUAACUUAGCGGACUUUACAUUUCACAAAGCAUUUUCACACAUCAUCUAAUUUAAUCCUCAUAAGGAUUGAGGCAAAUACCAUGCUGUCCAUUUUUCAGAGAAAGAAACAAAAUCUCAGGAAGUUAGGUGAGUGCCCAGGGUCACCUGACAAGUUGAACUUUGCCUAAUGCACCUCUGACUCUUCAGAUGAUCAAUGACUGCCCGAGAAUCCUUGCCAGCUCUUGCUGGCUUUCCAGAAGAAGUGGACUUGGCAGCUUCCAGAAGAUACACACAUACAUCUUCUGGACAUAACGCUUCCACAUUUUGUCUGGUUUUGUUCCCACAAUUUCUGGAGUACUACUGAGGGGAACAGGUGGCCAUUUGAUCACAGCUCUCCUGGGCUAAAAGACAUUGCUAACCAAGGCUCCCUUCCUAAACCACUUUCGCCCUUGCUGAGUCUUGAUCUUGCUUCCCUGCCAACCCGAACCAUGACUCUCAGAGAAUUGCUUCUUCCCUAGCCUUUUCUCUGUGAGUUUUCUAAUUGAUGCAACUUUCCAACAAACAUUCUCUGUGUGUUAUAAGCACUGGGUGAACUGUUCUAAAUCAAGGGAUACACCUUCAGUCAGGCUGCUAAAUAGCCCAGCAUUCCCGAAGGUAUCUAGUCACCAAUGGCUGUGUGAUGAUAAAAGAACAGUAAAUAGCAAAUGCAAAGUGUCUCUGAUGACCUAAGUCCUACAGUUCAUGGACAUACAGAAUGUUCUCACUCUGCAGCUACCCGGAUAUUUCCUAUUUGAAAUAAAAUUGUUGGGUUGUUGUUGGC